GCCUGUUCAGCAAACUUAUUUUUCUUCCAAUUGCUCGGCAAAUGGCAGACGAUUAGAAUUUUUGGUUUUUGUAUGUAAGUAAACAAAAAGAGCUUUUUUCAAUAGGCAAUUUUUGGUUCACCAAACUCCAACACAAACAAAACGAAAUGUCAAAGUAGGCAAUCAAAAAAUACCAAUCGUCUAUUCACAAAAGUUUUAAAAAUUGAAGAUAUUGGGUGUAAAAUGGAUAUUUAUACUAAAAAAAUAAUUAAAAAAACAACUCCUGGUCAGUUUCGGAUCUUGGUGGAAUCUAUUGACGAAUUCCCAGAGCUAGCAACUUCAAGCCCGAUAUUUGGGAAGUCGAAAGUCGAAAUUGAAUCCAAAUGGGAUGUUGUGGCACAAAAAAUAAAUUCGGUUGGACCUCCAAUGCGAAGUGGAUCUGAUUGGAAAAGGAUAUGGGCAGAUAUGAAAUGUAGAACGAAGGCCAAAAUAACUGAAAAUAUAAAGCAAAUGAAAGGCACAGGCGGAGGACCUUCCUAUCAAAAUUCGUUGACAGAUAUCGAAAGGGAUAUCGAUAGGAUAUGCCAGCUAUCAAAAGCCGCAUCACCUGAUGGAAUAACCUUCGGUACAAAUAGGAAAGAGCCUCUUGUUUUGGAACUUACGCCACCCAGACCUUCAACUAUCGUUGCUGUUGUUACUCCCACAACUUCAAACCAAUAUUCAAAUACAGCACAAGCGACAUCAACCCCUAUCAAAGUUAUGCCGAAAGCAAACCUUUGCAAAAACCAACAGAAACGAAAGAUCGCAGAAAAAGAACAAGGGGCAGAAAUAAAACUUUUAAAAUUACAAUUGGAGCAGAAUAAUGCUUUGGUAGAAGAGAUGAAGGUGCAAACAAAAACACUCAACUCGCUGGCCAAUUCUCUCCAAGGCAUUCAACAUGUCUUGCAAGAAAUGUUAACAUUUUUAAAAACUGAAUGAAAAUAAUUGUGUUAAGACAUUUUUUAAUCAACUAAUCAAUUUUAUUGUUUCCCUAUUAAUUUAAUUUUAAUAAAAAAGAGCUUAAUUACAUUUUUA